GUGGGGAGGCCGGAGCCGGAGCCGGAGCCGGAGCCGGAGAUUAGAUAUCUUUGGAGCCUUGCUCAGAGACUUUAGUAAAGGGGGAAAGGGGGAGAGCCCUCCGCUCCCUGCAAUUUGCAUCAAGUAAACCAAAAUGGAAACCCUUGCUUCUAAUUUUCAUCAUCCAGUGCUCUUAAAUUCAUCCAUUCCCAAAACACCCACUUCACUUAAGUUUCCUUACAAGCAGGUACGCUUCGAGUUCGACCCAUUAUCCAAUCGGAUCUCCAGAAGAACAAGAAUACCCUUAAGGAUGGCUCAAACUCCCUCUGUCGAAAACCCAGUGGUUCAGCAGCAGAAGCUGGUAAUUCCAAACAAACAUGGGGAAAAGCUUGUUGGGUUGUUGCAUGAUACUGGGUCUAAAGGAAUAGUAGUCUUAUGCCAUGGUUUCCGAUCCUCCAAGGAAAGCGAAACUAUGGUGAACCUUGCUGCUGCUUUAGAAAAAGAAGGCAUCACUGCCUUUCGUUUUGACUUUGCUGGAAAUGGAGAAAGUGAAGGCCAGUUUCAGUAUGGUAAUUAUUUUCGAGAAGCUGAUGAUUUGCAUUCCAUUAUCCAACACUUUUGUGGUGUAAACCGUGUAGUAACUGCAAUUCUUGGGCAUAGUAAAGGAGGAAACGUGGUGCUUUUGUAUGCUUCAAAGUAUAAUGAUAUCCAUACAGUUGUCAACAUUUCUGGCCGCCAUAAUGUGAAGAGGGGUAUUGAAGAACGCUUGGGAAAAGACUUUAUGGAAAGAAUUAAAAAGGAUGGAUUUUUGGAAGUCAAGAAUAAGAGAGGAGGUGUUCAAUAUCGCGUGACUGAGGAAAGUUUGAUUGAUCGCUUAAAUACCGAUAUGCAUGAAGCAUGCCUUAAGAUUGAUAAAGAAUGCAGGGUUUUGACUGUCCAUGGAACUGCUGAUGAAAUAAUCCCUGUUGAAGAUGCAUUGGAGUUUGCAAAGACCAUACCUAAUCACAAGUUACAGAUGGUAGAAGGAGCCGAUCAUUGUUACACUAAGCAUCAAACUGAGUUAGCCUCAAUUUCUUUGAAUUUUAUAAAAGAAGCCUUACCGGAAGACUUAAGGGUGCCCCAGAUUUGGUAGUCCCCUGCGGAUUAGCUUGUAUUUGGAUAUUUAAGACCAGCUAAUGAAGGAAGCAUCAAUGUUUUAGCAAAGCUCUGCUACUUCUGAUCUUAACUGCACAUUUGAUUCUUCUGUUAGAAGGUUCAGACUUGGGUGAUCCUGUUUUUUCAUAUUAAACAGAAUGUUAUUUUCAGUCUUUAGACCGGCUUGAAUUGAAAAUGUUCGAAAUGUUUUUCACUUUUUAAAUGAAAAAUAGAAUUUCAU